GAAAUAAGUUAGUAGAGCUUUUUAAACCUAAAUAUAUAUAUAUAUAUAUAAGUUGAGUUAAUGAUGACUUAUUUGGACUUUCCAUCCUUACCGACGUUACCGUCCGUUUCCUCUCUCUAAAUCCUAAAUUAUUUCUCUAUAUCGCCGGCCACAAAACAAAACCCCAAAAAAAUCAACAUUGAUUGAAUAAUUAGAUUAGAAUAGAUUAGAUUCCUUUUGUUUCUUCUUCUCUUCCUUUUCUUUCUGUGUUUAUUUCAUUGUAGAAGAAAAAAUAUAUAUAUUAAAGGCUGUAUUAAAUCAUCAUUCACCGAUUCGAUGGUGGCCAGAGGCGUGCCGGGGGAAGCGGUUAUGGCCGUGGUCGCCUCCCUUGACUUCACCGAGACAUCCAACUGGUGGAGAGAUAUCAACGACUCCCCUCUCUGGCAGGAUCGUACUUUCCAUCUCCUUGCCGUCCUCUACGGAAUCGUAGCCGCCAUCGCUCUCGUUCAACUUGUUCGAAUACAAUUGAGAGUUCCGGAAUAUGGUUGGACGACGCAGAAGGUCUUUCACUUUCUCAAUUUUUUCGUCAAUGGGGUUAGAUGUUUAGUUUUCGUUUUCCGUCGAGAUGUGCAGAAGUUACAGCCAGAGAUUGUCCAACAUAUGUUACUUGACAUGCCCAGUCUUGCUUUCUUUACCACAUAUGCACUUUUGGUUCUCUUCUGGGCUGAGAUUUAUUAUCAGGCACGAGCUGUAUCUACCGACGGUCUGAGACCAAGUUUCUACACGAUUAAUGCUGUGGUUUAUGUUAUUCAGAUUGCUUUGUGGUUGAUAUUAUGGUGGAAACCUAUCAGCAUGCUGGUCAUUUUGUCAAAGAUAUUCUUUGCAGGGGUCUCUUUGUUUGCGGCUCUUGGCUUUCUACUCUAUGGUGGGAGAUUAUUCUUGAUGCUGCAACGCUUCCCUGUUGAAUCCAAAGGUCGCCGCAAGAAGCUACAAGAGGUCGGCUACGUGACUACCAUAUGUUUUUCAUGUUUCCUUAUCAGAUGUGUUAUGAUGUGCUUUAAUGCACUUGAUAAAGCGGCUAACAUUGAUGUAUUGGACCAUCCCAUUCUAAACCUUAUAUAUUUCCUGUUGGUGGAAAUAUUGCCUUCUUCUUUGGUCCUUUUCAUUUUGAGAAAACUACCGCCUAAGCGAGGAAUCACACAAUAUCACCCAAUUCGUUAAAAAGGUUAGCAUAUGGCAAAAACUUAGUCACAAGGCAUCAUUAGCGGUUAUCUGUUUCUUGGAUGUUUCUGCACUCCAAGGAUAAGAGGACAGAGAAGUCAAUCUAUAGUAUGUUUGUGAGAAAGCUAAUAUCUUGGUUUUAAACUUCUCCCUUAUAAGGUUUGUAGCUUAUCUUAUGAAACAUGACAUUUGAUGGAUUGUCAAACGUGUUGGGCUAUGUUAUGUAUAAUAAUACAGUAAGAUAUAUUUGCACGCGUCUGUGAAACUAGGAAACUGCUUUUCAGGUUCAACAAUUCAACGCAUUGAGCAAACUUUUUAUGGGAGAACGGGACACGGAUAACUUUGUAAAAUAGUUUUGAAGUUUAAUUUCUAUAACUGUUACAAGUCGGUGGAAUGUACUGAGAUUCUUAAGCCACAAUCAUAAUAUUUCAUUCAAUUAUUGUGUA